AUGGUUUUUGCCUCAGGAGCGGCUGUUGGGAUAAAAUCGACAGUCAGGAAAAAUUUGUUAGUUGUGCUUUUCUUUUUUGGUGUUGUUUCUAACUGUAAUAAGUUGGUUAUUAUUUACCACUGUAUGUCUUCACACUUUCAAAUUGUUACACGGAAUGUUAGAAAGAGCGAGCUGUCCGAGUAUAACACCACCUUUUCUUGGAAUUGCAAGAAGCCAUUAAAAGUUGCUGAAAAACCGAUCAAAGUAAAGGAAGGUUGUCGGUAUCAGUGCUCGGUGUUCUACGUAUUUGCUAUUUCUAACUAUUCUCGAAGCUAA